AUGGAAGCUUUUAGACUGCUUUACGCUUCUCAUGUCAGACCAAUACUUGAGUAUGGUGGUGCGGCGACAUACCCCUGCACGGCCGGUGAACUGGCUGCCACUAGACUCGUUGUUGGACUACGCGAGACCAGCUAUGAAGGUCGUCUACAGGCUACUGGUCUGUUCCCAAUUGCGUAUCGACGCCUCAAGGGAGAUCUCAUCUGCCUGAGGAAGAUCCUGAGAGGUGAUAUGGGCCCGGAGAUGCAAUAG